AUGGCCUCGCAGCUGACCACUAUCUUUGGCCCAAACCCCAACAUCUCUUUCUUCCCUGAGCGACGGGUUCGCGCCAUCAAUGAAAUACGCGCGGUGUCAUAUAUACAACGACACCUGGGCACCGGAAAGAUCCAAGUCCCGAGUCGUGACAUUAUCGACGGACACAUUUCUGGUACCUGCGCCUUGACUGACCUCUUCUAUUCUCUUGCUGGCAAUAAUAACCCUCUUGCAGCCUACUUUGACUCGAUACAUCCGAUCUAUCCAUUUCUUUGUCCAGAUACCUUUCGUGCGCGUGUAGCGUCGCAGGAUUUGGUCCAAUCACUAGGAACAGAUAAGGUUUGGGCAGCACUAUUCUACGCAAUAGUGGCGAUUGGGUGUCAGAACAAUGAAGGAGGAAGCUUUGAUACUGGUGUGGGGGAAGCCUGGUCAUACUUCGAACGGUCGUUGUCAUGUUUCCAGGAUCUCCUCUUCGGAAGAGGCUCAUUGACUGCAGUCCAAGCCAUAUUUUCAUCGACGGUGUCUGCGUUCAACUUCGAACCCUUAAUGCUAACAGAGGCUGCCGUUAUGGCACAAGGUUUAGGGUAUCAUCGUUCGAAUAGUGCACAAGAAGGUCCGUGCCGUCGCACGUUCUGGGUGCUCUACUAUAUGGAGAAGACGUCCUGCUUUGCGACUGGUAAAACUUCGGUAUUGGAUGAUGCCAACAUAAGCUGUGCAAUUCCCGAUAUGAUGGAGUCCACUUUCCACGACUAUGACUGGUUCUUUAACUUCGUCAAAUAUGCCCGUCUAGUCUCCAAGAUUCACCAAUCUCUCUUCACAAUCAGCUCGGUUAGUCAGCCGCUGUCCAACUAUAAUUCUGUGGUUGAGAGCCUACGUAUAGAAUUGGAAGCCUGGCGCGCGACCAUUCCGACCCGGUUUCGGCCAGGCGAAAAAUUCAAAACUCGUUCUUUGCACGAGCCCCUGGCGGUCCAAAUUGCUUUGAUUACCCACUUCCUUUAUUUGAACGCUCUCCUUACACUGUCGUGGACCGUCCUUCACUAUGGAGCCGUCCAUUUGGGGUCAACACAACAAGAAAUUAUGAAGCGCGACUUGAUGCGGACUGCUCGAAGUGUCCUGGAGCUCACCGUGCACAUCGAGGUAGCGCCUUCCACACCGGUCUGGAUACUCGCUGUCUUGCCACUAUCAUCGCUGAUGAUCUUAUUCGACCUGGUGGUCCACAACGCCAACCACCCGGAAACUGGUCUCAGCCUCGCUCUUCUCGACAUCGCCGGCGGGCACUUUAGUAGGCUAGAAUAUGCCAGCAAUGGUGCCCUUCCGGGAUCUCUAAUAGCAGUUUGCCCAUCUUGCUCAGACUCCAAUGAGAGUAGCAUUUCAUUUCAGGCUCAGGACCGGGUAGGAACCUCUCCGUCCGCGCCAGAACCCACAACCAGUGUCGCCCCCGCAGAUCCAACGGGGCUGGUUGCGCCGGCGGUGCUCCCGCAGGGGCCAGAACCUGUCGCUUCAGAAGCUCCCGGGGUCAUGCAACCUUGGAGCCCUGCUUCUCUUGAUCGGAGUGAAGCGCUUUUCCUGCCUUAUAUCGACGAUCCAACUUACUAUUUUGGGGAUUUGCAGUUGCUUGGUAUCGAUUUAAAAGAUCUGUUUGACCAUUCAUACAGUUACCAGGAGUGA